CGAGCAGCCACCCAAUUCGGCCUUUUAAAAUAGAGCUCUCGCUUAAGCCAUCUAUGUAGCAACUGAAAAUACCAAAAACCAGAUUCUAAAAUAAUCAAAAGCUAAAAAAGGGAAAGAUAAACUGGAAUUUUCAAUGGAGAUUUGAAGAAGAACUGAUUUCAGAGCACGAUUUCCUUUCUUUCUUGGUUUCUGAAAGCGGUUUCGGAGCCGUGGAUUUGCCGUUCGAUUUCCGCUGAUUUUGCUGUUUUUCUGGAAUUGCUGAGCUCCGUUCGAGUUUGUUUCUGCCUUCAUUUGGCUUAUUCUAGCUUUUCUCUGUUCGAUCGGGGAAGGAUCCACAAGAUGGAUAUAAUAUCACAGCUCCAGGAGCAAGUAAAUACCAUUGCAGCUCUUGCUUUCAACACCUUUGGUACCCUUCAGAGGGAUGCCCCUCCUGUUCGUCUGUCACCUAAUUAUCCAGAACCUCCUCCUGCUAAUCCUACAGAGGAUGCAGCCAAUGUUGCAGAGCAACCAAAGCAAAUGAGUGCUGCUUUUGUUAAGGCUGCCAAGCAGUUUGAUGCAUUGGUUGCUGCUCUUCCUUUAUCAGAUGGGGGUGAAGAAGCCCAAUUGAAAAGAAUUGCAGAACUCCAGGCUGAGAACGAUGCAGUUGGCCAAGAACUUCAAAAGCAACUGGAAGCUGCAGAAAAGGAGCUAAAGCAGGUUCAGGAGUUGUUUAACCAAGCAACGGAUAACUGCCUGAACCUUAAGAAGCCAGAAUGAAUUAAGCUACUAGUACAUAUUUCAGUUUUGAUGGAACUAAUUAGACAGUAUUUGCUUAAGGAGCCCCUCUUCCUGGAAUAUGCUUUGGAGGAACAACAAAUCGCCUGCGUCAGGCUUCUUAUGGGUGCAUUUACUAACUGGUCAUAUAUAAACUGGCUGUGUUCUGGUAUUUCCGUUUGAAGUUCUUGGCCCGCUGCUGCAGAAAAAAAUUCAGUAUUCCAUGUGAAUCUGAUGCAGAUCUUCGUUUAUUCUAAAUGGAAAGACGUAGGAAUGAUGUGUUUUGAAAGCAAAUUCAGCAGUCAUUUGUCUCCUCACAUGAACUUCCUAUUCCUUCUAUCCAACCAUAACAUUAGCAUCUUCUAUGAGAUGAGCACUAUUUGGAAAGUUGGUUUAUAUGGUACUCUGCUCCAACAGUUUUAUGUUGUCAAAACUUUGCAAUUAAAUGUGUAUUUUCUUAAACAUGCAAUCCAAAACAAGGGAAGGUCUAUUGUUUUGAUUUGUUUACAUUUUUUGUAGAGGUUAUCUAACUACACACUAAUAAUACGUGCCUGGAUACUUCCAACUGUAAAA